AUGGCAUUAGAAACAGCUUCACUACCUCAAUCUCCUGUUGCUAUCACCAAGGACGAUUUCGAAUGGCUGGAAAUGGCCGAAUUCGACACGAAUGCUAUACACGAGCUGCUUUACGAACCCACAGAGGAAACAGGUAAUGGUGGAAGUGAAACCCUCAUGCAAGAAGCAAAUACGAGCAAAACGGGUCUCGAUAAGGGCUUACCAGGCGAGAGUUACUGGUGGCAAGACGAGAUUAAGGAGCUCGAAAAAUUCGAUUGGCCGAGUAUGGUGGGACGAGAAACACUGGAACAGUGCAACGAUAUGGUAGGAGAUUGGUACGGUGAUUCGUGUGUGGAAGGCAUUAAUGAUUUUUUUGAGAUAGGGGAUUAUUCGUUUUCUUCGCACAAUGCGAAUUUGUAUGAUGAGAUUGGGUACAUUGGGUUGUGGCAGGAGAAUUAUGAUUUAUGA